AUGGCGACCAAGAGCCAUCCGAACCUGGUGAGGCUGCUGGGGUACUGCUUUGACAUGAGCUACGAGGCGGAGCGCAUGGAGCAGAUCGUGGUCUAUGAGUUCAUGGCCAACGGCGACCUCGACCGCUGGAUCGGACCUGAUGCACCCCACCCGCUCACAAUGCAACAACGACUGGGCAUCCUGACGGGCAUGGCGCGGGGGCUGGAGUAUCUGCACGGCUUCAGCAUCGUGCAUCGCGACAUCAAGCCCGCCAACGUGCUGCUGGACGCGCGCAUGCACGCCAAGCUCGCUGACUUUGGGCUGGUGCGACUUGGGGAAGGUACAUCUGUGGCCGCCACGCGCGUCAUGGGCACGCCGGGCUAUGUGGACCCCGCUUACUACCGCUCCCACAAGGCCACUCCCAAGGCCGACGUGCACAGCUUUGGAGUGGUGAUGCUGGCGGUGAUCACGGCUCGCAAGGCCAUCUACAACAUCGAGUCAAACCAAGUCAACCUCAAGCAAUGGGCAGCAUCGCUGGUGGCAGCAGGGGACGUGGCGGCACUAAAGGACCCGCACCUGCAAGCACCGGACGACCUGGUGCUGCGCAUGGCACGCCUGGCGCUCACCUGCACCGCCAUGCCCACGGCGUCUCGCCCGGGCAUGAGCCGUGUGCUGGCAGAGCUGCUGCUGCUCAAGGAGGAGUUCUUCGGGGAGGACGAGGACCGCAUGGCUGUUAGGAUUGACCACGAGAUCGAGAGCUCCGAGCAGGUCGACUUCAGCUUGGAGCUGGCUCGUCUUCAGGGGGUUCAGCAUGGUAGUUAG